AUGGACACCGCUGCGGAGAGCGCCGAGCGCGCGCACAGCCCAGCGUGCCCAUCCCCGCGCAGCCUCCACCCGCCGCCAGCGCAGCCCGGGUCCGAGGGCUUCUGGAGACCUUGGCUUCGAACCCCAGGCGAGAAAGAGGAGCGGGCGGAGCCCCAUGCUGCAGAGGCGUUGCCCAGUGGCCCUGAAGUGACUGAAGCCUCAGGGAAGCUUUCUCAAUACCGACACCCUGUCAGACUGUUCUGGCCCAAAUCCAAGUGUUAUGAUUACUUAUAUCAAGAAGCAGAAACUCUUCUGAAAAAUUUCCCAAUUCAAGCUACGAUUUCGUUUUAUGAAGAUUCUGAUAGUGAAGAUGAAGUUGAGGGGCUGGCCUGUGAAAAUCAGUCUAAUUAG